ACAUGUACUUGCACACUAACAGAAAAAAAAAAACAACAAAAUCUUUUUCCUCUUUCAAAAAUCGACGAGCUGAUCCAUGGCGAUAUCUCACGUCCAACCCCUGCUAUUUCUCCUUGCAUCACUCUUCUGCUUACCUGCUUUGCGCGCCGUUGAUUUCCAUUACUGCAACGAUAUUGGAUACCCUUACGGUAACAUCACUCGUGUGGAGAUCUCCCCCGAUGAUGAUUACCCAACUGUUACUAUAUUCGGUUAUGCAAGUGAUGAAGCCCAAACCAUCCACGCACCAACUAUAUCCGUGGACCUCGAACUUGAAGGUUACGGCCUUAUACGCUUUUUAAGACUCUACGACCAAUAUGACCUGCAUAGAAAAAUUGAACCUGGCACCAACUUCAAUUUCACUCUUUCUGAUUUUCCUUGGGGCGCCAGAAGUUUGGAUGAUCGUUUAAAGUAUGCUCUAACUUUGACUGAUGAUGCUGACGAUAAUCCCUCUGAAGAACCAGUAGUCAAAAUGUGCAUCUGCCUCGACCUACCUGCUGCUCCAGCUGUUGACUCUGCUUAAUCAAGUUGGCGGGUGAAAUUAUAUGUUUUCAUGUCUUUAUAAUCUACAUGAGUCUUUCUCGCUACCAUUUAUGCGUUUGUCCAACAAAUAAAAUAAAAUAAAACUCUUAGC